CACUCGUAGGAGAGUCACUUACCAUCUGGACUAGCAGUGGGACAGGAGAACUGUGAACUGCACCUGUCCCAUAGACACAGAGACACACACACUCAGGGGAGAGAUCACACACAGCCUCUAUGUGUGGCUGGGACCAGAACCUCCUGGCUGCCUCUGAUCACAGCUCGGCCAUGUUGACUACGGAGGGAGCAACCUACACCACUGACAAUGAGGAGCUCAAGAUGGACAUAGAAGAUGUAGACAUGACAAAAUGGACGGAGGCAGAGUUUGAGGAGAAAUGCACAUACAUUGUGAAGGACCACACCUGGGAGGAUCCCCCAGAGAGUGUGGACCUCACUCGGGCUGAGACGUCGUUACCCAGAAACCUGGCCUUCAAACACCCGCCGGACUCCAAAGAGCAGGUUAUUGGUGUAGUAAGCAGAGAAUACAUCCCCAAAGGCACUCGCUUUGGCCCCCUAGUGGGAGAAAGAUACACUGCAGAAGACGUCCCUAAAGAUGCUAACAGAAAGUACUUCUGGCGGAUAUACUCAAAUGGAGAUUUACAUCAUUUUGUGGACGGUCUUGAUGAGGAGAAGAGCAACUGGAUGCGUUAUGUAAAUCCAGCUCACUCCCAGCAGGAACAGAACCUUGCUGCUUGCCAAAAUGGCAUGAACAUCUAUUUCUACACAGUGAAGGCCAUUCCUGCAGACCAGGAGCUGCUGGUGUGGUACUGCCCUGAAUUCGCUCACCGUCUCAACUACCCUGCCUCAGGAGAGAUUAUGAUGCAGAAACUCAAACAGAGUCUGAUUGAAGCCAAGCAGCAAGCAACUGAAGUGAAGAACCCAGUUAAAAGAGAGCACAGCGUUUCUGAGAUUUUGAAGGAUGUCCUGCAAGAACCCAGCAGACCACUUCCCACUCGUCCCCGCUGCCCCAACAUCCCAGACCGACCUCUUUACCCAAGUGCUGUCUACCCACUCCGUCUCCCCCUGAACGAGGAUCUCUUGAAGAGUAGCACAGCGUUCGGCCUCCCGACACGCUCUCACAGACAGUGUUCAUUGACGCGAUGUCCCUCAGCGCACAGCAGUCCUGUGAGCAGUCCUGAAAGCAGUCCUACACCAGCAUCCCUUGAACAAAGAGACACCCUGCUCUCCUUCUCUCAAGCUCUCUACGGUCAUGGCCUGGGCCACUACCCUGGCUACUCACCAGCAGGCCCGAUGUCAUUCUACUCCAACCCGCACUACUCACGCUACCUCAUGCCCCACUACCCUGUUAAUAGUUUAGCUGGGCCACCUUCUCUGGGGGGUAUGUUCCCACACAUGUACCCCUUUUACAGCAGCUUGGUACCCCCACAUGUACCCUUCCCACCUGGAAUGCUUCCAUCUGAGGGUGGCCGGCAGUUUCCACUACCAGACUCUCCGGCUCCCAGAGACAUCUUACUCCCAGCGGCCACCAGUGCCUUCUCUGUGGCCACUUCUCUGAAAGCCAAACCACUUCAUGGACAUGGGCACCCCUAUGCUGCUGCCGGUGGCUCCCCAACAGCUGGUUCUGCAGCCUCUACAGGUCGUCUUCCUACCAAGCCUACCUCAGCUCUUUUGGGUACCACUCACUCAGAGGAUGAGGCUAUCAACCUCAGCAAGAUGAAACGAGGCUCCACAGGCUAUAAAAGCCUAGAUUACCCAUUGAAAAAGCAGAACGGGAAGAUCAAAUAUGAGUGCAAUGUCUGCAGCAAGACCUUUGGUCAACUGUCCAAUCUCAAGGUGCAUCUGCGAGUCCAUAGCGGUGAGCGACCCUUUAAGUGUCAGACCUGCAAUAAAGGUUUCACCCAGCUUGCCCACCUGCAGAAACACUAUUUGGUCCACACAGGAGAGAAACCCCACGAAUGCCAGGUGUGUCAUAAGCGCUUCAGUAGCACCAGCAACUUGAAAACCCAUUUGCGACUGCACUCCGGUGAAAAGCCCUACCAAUGCAAGAUCUGCCCAGCCAAGUUUACUCAGUUUGUCCAUCUCAAGCUGCACAAACGCUUGCACACGCGAGAACGUCCGCACCAGUGCCCGCAUUGUCACCGUAACUACAUCCACCUCAGCAGCCUGCGGCUCCACGUCAAAGGCUACUGCUUAGCAAAUGCUCCUUCUCCCAACUGCAGCCUGGACGAACUCAAUCGUGUCAACGAGGAGAUCGAGCAUUUUGACAUCAGCGAUAAUGCCGACAGGCUAGAAGAAAUGGAGGGAUUUGACGUGGAGAGCAUGGCAGAGAAGCAGAUUUUUGGGCUGCUUUGGCAGGAGAUGGAUUUUAAGGCCUCUUUCCACAAAGGUAGCACUAGAAGAGAACUCCACUCCCCACCACCUCCAUUAUCUGCGUACUGUCUGAGCGAGUCUGGCAGUGAGGCCUCUGUCAUCAAGGUGCAUUGUAGCAGCCCGCUCCCGCUCCUACCCAUCAAGGUUAAAAAGGAGACAGAGGAGGCCAUGGAAACUUAGCUAACUACAGCCUUGCUCUAGGCCAGAUUAUGGACAGCCACAAGUGUAUAUAAUCCUUCACAAAGAUAUCAGGCUUUGACCUUUACAUUCAGGGACUUGAACUACUCAGGGCUAACAGACAUUGAUCUUGUUCAUCAGUGAUCCAGUAUGUCCUACACAAAUGAUAAAGACAAUCAUAUUCUUUUAUUAAUUUUAUUUUUUUCUUAAUAUUAUUUGCUAUUUUUGUGUUUACUUCAGUUCGUUAUGUAACCUAUUUAAUUUAUUGUUCACAUGUCAUCCUUCUAAAGCAAUACAUGAAAAUAAUGUUUACAAUGACUGGUGAAUUCAUUGUAAUUUUUAUAGAUUUUUCCAUUCUAUAUUGCCAUUUUUUGUGGAUAGUUUCUAAGUGUAGAUAGUGUCCCAGUUGACUGUGAUUUCAUGUGUGACUGCAAUGAGCUUACC